CUCGCCAACAUAUCUAUGCGACUUUUCUUCUUCACUCUUUCCCUUGUUUUGGCUGUUGAUAAUCGUCUCCUCUGACGAUUAUCAAAAUUUGUUGAUCGAUGGAUGACGACUAUAUGAUGUUAGAUGAUGAUUACGGCGAGGAAGAGGAUGAGAAUUACUCGGAAGAUGAUAAUUACAGCGAGGCAGAAGUCGAUUUGCAACCCGUGACCUCGACAAAAUCUACUAGCCAGGUGAUAAAAAAGGAAUCUCUAGUAGCAGCACAAAAAGAAAUUCUGGUUAGGGUUAUGGAAUUGUUAUCGGUUAAGGAGAACCAAGCUAGGACUCUUCUUAUUUAUUACCAAUGGAACGUUGAGAAGUUGUUCUCUGUGUUUGCUGAUCAAGGCAAAGAUCGUAUGUUUUCUUGUGCUGGUCUUACUGUUUUUGUUCCUUCUUUAGUUACUUCGAAGAAGACUAUGAAAUGUGAUGUCUGCAUGGAAGAUGAUUUACCAAGUAAUGUGAUGACGAGAAUGGAAUGUGGUCAUAGGUUUUGCAAUGAUUGUUGGAUAGGGCAUUUUACUGUGAAGAUUAAUGAAGGUGAAAGCAAGAGGAUUCUAUGUAUGGCUCAUGAAUGCAAAGCGAUUUGCGAUGAAGAUGUUGUUAGGAAGCUAGUUAGUCCUGAAUUAGCUGACAGGUAUGAUCGUUUCCUUAUUGAAUCUUAUGUGGAAGAUAACAAUAUGGUGAAGUGGUGUCCAAGUAAACCGCAUUGCGGGAGUGCGAUACGGAAAAUCGAAGAUGGUCAUGACGUCGUUGAGGUUGGAUGUUCAUGUGGACUUCAGUUCUGUUUCAGUUGUUUGAGUGAGUCUCACUCUCCUUGCUCUUGUUUGAUGUGGAAGCUAUGGAAAAAGAAGUGUGAAGACGAGUCUGAGACGGUUAAUUGGAUAACCGUUAACACAAAGCUGUGUCCCAAAUGUAGCAAACCUAUUCAAAAGAGAGACGGUUGCAAUCUCAUGACUUGUAAGUGUGGGCAGCAUUUUUGCUGGCUGUGUGGUCAAGCUACUGGAAGAGAUCAUACUUAUACUAGUAUUGCCGGUCAUAGUUGUGGUCGGUACAAAGAUGAAAAAGUGAGGCAAUUGGAGAGAGCUCAAAGGGAUUUAGACAGGUAUACACAUUACCAUUACCGCUACAAAGCACAUAUCGAUUCAUUAAAGCUAGAGGAUAAACUUAGGAAGAGUAUCCUUGAGAAGGCAGUAUCAAAUUCUGAAACCAAGGAUCAAAAGGUGUUUAAAGAAUACAGCUGGGUUACAGAUGCAGUCAACCGGUUAUUCAUAUCGCGGCGGAUUCUUUCGCAAUCGUAUCCUUUCGCGUUCUAUAUGUUCGGUGAAGAGCUGUUCAAAGAUGAGAUGAGUGAAAAAGAGAGAGAGAUAAAGAAGAAUCUGUUUGAAGAUCAGCAGCAGCAACUUGAAGGUAAUGUUGAGAAACUUUCCAAGAUUUUAGAAGAGCCUUUUGAUGAGUAUGAUCAUGAAAAAGUUGUGGAGAUGAUGAGACACCUCACCAAUUUGACUGCUGUGGUUGAUAACCUCUGCAAGGAAAUGUAUGAGUGCAUUGAGAAUGAGUUAUUAGGUCCAAUACAAUUUGGAAACCACAACAUUGCACCUUACAGAUCAAAGGGAAUAGAACAAGCAACUGAGUUUUGUGCUGAAUCUUCUGAUUGUGGUUCAAGCGGAUCUUCGUAGAAUAAGAAGUUACUUCAAUUAUCUUUGUUUAACUAUCUUUUUUAUUUCAUAGACAUAUGAUGCAGCGUAGAAUAGAAAUGGUUCUUGGUUGUUAUGGUUGGUUCUUGGUUGUCUAUUCUUAAUGCGAAUUGUUUUCUGAUUAGUUCAU